CUGACAUCAGCCUUGCAGACUGGGGUCGCAAGGCCAUUGAGAUUGCGGAGAAUGAGAUGCCAGGGCUGAUGAAGAUGCGGGAGAUGUAUGCUGCAUCAAAGCCGCUGAAAGGUGCACGUAUUGCUGGUUGCCUUCAUAUGACCGUGCAGACGGCAGUUCUCAUAGAGACCCUUAUAGAGCUGGGAGCUGAGGUGCAAUGGUCAAGCUGCAACAUUUUCUCCACUCAGGACCACGCUGCAGCUGCUAUUGCGAAAGCUGGUAUCCCUGUGUUUGCCUGGAAAGGGGAGACCGACGAGGAAUAUUUGUGGUGCAUUGAGCAGACCCUGUACUUCAAGGAUGGGCAAGCCCUCAACAUGAUUUUGGAUGAUGGUGGAGAUCUUACCAACCUAGUUCAUACGAAAUACCCGCAACUCUUGAAAGUUUUUCCUGGAGGCUGGUGCGUGAUAAGGCUUGUGAUGUACUCAUUCAAUGCCAUGCUCUUUGACCCAGGUGUCUAUGAAGUUAUUUUGGACAUCCACUUGACCCACUUCGAUCUUAGCAGCCUGAUCCGCGUGUUGGUUGUUUUGAUGUUCUUCAGUGGCCCGACUCUUGGGUACGUGAGCACCUAUGUGACAUACCUUCACAACCAGGUUCUCUAG